UCAAAUGUUUUUGUUCGCUGUCGCGCACUGGAAUUAGGCAGCUAUUUACUGAGUGCAAUAAACUGUCGUUAUUUACAGGAAAUACAAUGGCUUGUCCCCCUAAUAAAUAAUCAAUUUGCGAGAACAUAGGGGACGAAUAUCAUAGGGAAUGGCUGAAUUAGCCGCAGCCCUCUCCAAAGAAGGCUGGUACCUUUCAGAAGAAGGCAUAAAUGAGUGCAAGGGUUCAAACGAGAAAACCUCAGCAAGUGACAUCAUCCGCAUUGCACUCAAUAGUGAUCUGCGGCCUAUUGGAAAGAGCUUUUUGCCCUCUGAAAUCAACAGUGGAAGAAUAGAAAAGGUUGAGGGUCCAUGUGUGCUUCAGAUCCAGAAGGUGCGGAAUGUUUCGGCCCCGAAGGACCACGAGGAAUCCCAGGGCGCCCCCAGGAUGCUCCGCCUUCAGAUGACCGACGGACACACCUCCUGCACGGCCAUCGAGUUCAAACACCUCUCCAAGAUCAGUAUGAACACGCCGCCGGGUACCAAGGUGAAGCUGCUGGGCUCGGUGCUGGUGAGCAACGGCUUCCUGCUGCUGGACGACUCCAAGGUGGCCGUGCUGGGAGGAGAGGUGGAGCACAUGAUCGACAAGUGGGAGCUGCAGAGGAGUCUUGCUAAACACAGCCGAAGUCAUAUCGGGGCUGAGGGUGGCCCACCUCCCUUUGUGCCCUUUGGACAGAAGUGUGUGCGUAAGGAGGAAGUGGACAGCCGAGAGCUGGACCAGAGGAAGACCCUGAAGACGAGCGAGGUUGCCAAGGGAGCAGACGAGAACGACGAGUUUGAGAAGCAGAGGACCGCCGCCAUCGCUGAGAUCGCCAAAAGCAAAGAGACCCGCACGUUUGGCGGAGGGGGUAACGCGGGCACCAACCUGACCCAGCCCAGCUCCACGUAUCGGAACAGGGACACCUACCAGCGGAGGAGAGAGGAGCGGGAGAGAGGCCCCCCCACUGACACUAACACUAAGCCAGAGGGGAUGUACCGGGAUCUGGUGGAUGAGCGUGCCCUGAGGGACAUCAUGGAGAUGGGCUUUAAUAAGGAGGCUGCUCGCCAGGCCCUGCUGGACAACAACAACAACCUGGAGGUGGCCCUGAACUCCCUGCUGACCGGCACCGCAGCACCGCCAAGGGGACCCCCCGUGGACCACAGCCGACCCCCACCUAGAGGGAGAGGCCGUGGACGGGGCAGGUCCAGGACAGACGAGGAUGAGGAGGGUGGAGGAAGGCCGUCUGGGCCCAGCACGCUAUUCGACUUCCUGGAGUCAAAGAUGGGAGCCUUCUCCAUCGACGAUUCAAAGAACCAAAGCCAGACAACGGAGAGGCACCAUCAGCAGGAUCACCCCCACCGGAUGAGCUUCCCCUCCGCCUCCGACAGCUACCACAGGGACUCUGGACCCUCCCACUACAGGAACGCCCCACGCAACGAGGGUGGAGGAGGAGGAGGAAGGGGCCAGCAGCGAAGUGACCGACCCCCAAGGUUCCAGCGGGACGUCGACUUCCCCAAACCUGGCGUGGACCCAUUUUCUGGUUCCUCCGGACCCUCGCAGUCCCAGAAGGGGCGAGGGGGUGGUGGGGGACUCGAUAGGGGAGGUGGAGGAUGGGACAGGGGUGGUGGAGGACCAGAGAAGGGGGGAGGAGGGGGAGGUGGAGGGUGGGACAGGGGAGCUGGGAGAUCGGAGAGAGGUGGCAGGACGGACCGGGGUCAGGAUCGGAGACAGGACGACAGGCGCGGCGAAGGGGGCAGGAGCAACGGCAUGUCGAACUCUUUGCCCACGUCAAUCUCCGCCCCCAAUUUCUCCUCCUUCCCCUCAGGUCCCUCCUCUUCAGGUCAAAGGUCGGGGGGUGGCCAUGGACAUUCUGGAAGUUUCCACCAGGAGAGCAGGGACCACCAUCAGGGUUCCUCUUCCUCAAGGGACGGUGCUCAGUCUGGCGGCGGUUUGCGGGGGGAGCAUGGUAGUGGGCCUCGGAACCAGCAACAGGGUCCAGAUGCUCAGAACCAGAGGAAAGGUCCACUAAACGGACCAGAGCCUAAAGGCUUUGAGUCAGGGGUACAGGGGGGCUCAGGUCCGGGCCCGGCAGGAGAUCCCAGAGGAGGGCGGCCGGAGCCCAGCAACCGCAGGAAGGGCAAUCGGACUGAGAGGCCCAGCUCUAUGCACUUAGACCGUGGUACUGAAGGCGGCGGUGGCGGCGGCGGGGGGAGUGGGAAUUCUGGCUUGUCCCAGGUGGAGGGCAGGAGCGGGAGCGGGAGUGGGAGUGGGGGCGGGGGAACGGCACUACAAAACGGAGAAUCUGACCACAGGCGGACGGGACCCAUAAAACAACAACAACAACAACAGUAUCAGAAUCCGCAGCAGCAGCAGCAGCAGCAGCAAGCACCACCACCACAGAAGAACACCUUCCACAAUUCUCAGCAGCAGCAGCAGAACCCCAAAAAGAGGACGGGUUCCAUAAAGCACCCGAAAGGGCCGGAGCCAGACGGGAUGAGCCACGGGCAAUGGAGACCUGGCGACCAGUGUCUUGCACUCUACUGGGAAGACAACAAGUUUUACAGGGCGCGCGUGGAUGCGGUGCAUCCCUCCGGCUCCACGGCAGUGGUGGUGUUCAGUGACUAUGGCAACUGUGAGGAGGUGCUCCUCAGCAACAUCAAGCCUGUGCACCUGGACAUGUGGGACGAAGAGGACAUUUACUUCGAGAACUCGGUGGAGUACCGGCGAGGGGGAGACGGGCAGCCCAGGCGCUCGCGGCCCACGCAGCAGUAUUACCAGCCGCCCCGCGCCCGGGACUGAGCAGCCGCCGCGCACACACACCGACGCCCGUACACACACACCUGCGCAGGAAAGAAGCAUGACUAGGCAGCCGGCAAAGUAUCCAAUGGGCCCUGGAGGCAACCGCUGAACAGUAGAAACAUCUCCACUAUUGUUGUCCCUCCCACCCAAUUCACUUGGUUUGAUGUAUCUAGAGCAGAAAGGGGGGGGGCAGGGGGGGGGAACUAUUCAAGGGCUUGCGACAUCAGUUGCAAUACAUGAAGACACACAAAAAAAAAAACAACAUUCAAUAAUUUAUGAUUCAAGCAGACGGUCUUAAUGUAUGUAGAGCGGAUUUGUAAAAUACUUGAUUGUGAUAAAUAAUAAAAGCGUAACUCUUUGCUUCA